AUGUCCGAGAACCUGGACUUUGGGAUGUCUGAGAGGAAAGUUGCAUGUUGUGAGAAGUGCUCUGCGACCCUCGUUAGUCUGAAGAAGCAAGCUCUGAGCCUGGCAGUUCACCAUCACUUCUCCGGCAAGGACUCUGGUGACCUCUCUGUAUUUCUUCUGGACAACCUUCGCGUCCAUAGUCGGUCCACCAACGAGUCUAGGGACAGAGAGAGGGAGCAGGGCGAAUGUGGAGCCUGCGGCGUGAACCUGAACCAGCUCAAGCAAGAGGCCGUCCAUUUGGCUCUGAGCAGGGGUCAGCCAUUAGCUAAACCUCCCUUUGAACCCAGCUUUAGCGGUGGUACGCUGCCAAGACAAAGUGAGACAAAGCAUGGAGAAAGGGCUCCGAGGGAAGCUGCCACAGCUGUGCAUCAACCAAACAGUCUCACCCACAGUCCGCACAGCCCAAGAAGCCCGAGGACGCCUCAGAGGACACCUCAGAGGACCCCUCAAACCCUCAGACGGAGGGGGCCCAAGCUGCCCAACACCGAUAUGGACCGCUGGGUAGAGCAGCAACAGCAGCUGGUAGCUUCAAAAUCUGCGUCCAGCUCUGAUGGUGUCACCAUGUACCCUUACCAUAAGGCUGCAGACGAUGCUUCACUGGGUCGUUGUGAUGCAGGGACCGUACAGGCGAGCUCAAAGAUCCCUCACAUAUCCAGAGUGGUGACCAUCGCCAACACUGCUGCUAUGUCUCUUUUAGCCAGGGCUGCCGAGAAGCUCAACUUGACGUCGAGGAAAAAAGGCCAGGCUUCUGAUCACGCUCAGGCUCAUUUCUCCACCUGCUUCAGGGAGUUGAUCCAGAAAAACCCGAUGCCGGUCCCCUCCUGCCUGCUUCAAGCUGCCACUAGAACCAGAGACUCACCCAGUGUUGCCAAGGUCAAGGUCUCGCUGAGGGUGAGCCCCACGCUGUCAGAGGGCAGGGGCCAACCACCUGUUCUCCAUAUUGACCAGUCCAAGGGAAGAGUGACCAUAAUGGAACUGGUCGGCAAAAGCAAACCACAAGCUACGAUGACACUUGGCAGGGAUGGCAAAAACCAGCUGAAGACCUUCAACUUUGACGCUGCCUAUCCACAAGAAUCAAGCCAGGCCGAGGUGUGUGCGGGAGUCUUGGCUGAUGUCAUCCGCUGUGUGCUCAGUGGCAGCGAUGGAUGUGUUCUGGGUUUGGGAUGCGCUGAUGUGGGCUCCUGGUCCAGCAUGGUGGGGAGUGGUGAGAGCAUCCAGAAGCUCGGGCUGGUUCCCUGUGCCAUCUCCUGGCUGUACAGCGCCAUAGAGCGGCGGAGGGAGAAGACCUGGACCGAUCUGACUGUAUCAGUGUCUGCCUUAGAGCUCUGCUGCGGAGAGGAGGACACGCUAAGAGAUCUGCUGGGGGAAGUCGUCCCCUCUUUAGGGAGUGUCCAGGACAGCCCAAAAGCCCAUAUUAAAAUCCAAGAGGACCCUAUCUAUGGGAUACAGCUACGUAACCACAAUCGGGUGAAGGCCCCCACUGCAGAGCGGGCUGCUUCCCUCCUGGACGCGGCCAUGGCAGCACGUCGACACAAUGACUUCAUUACGUACCUGUCUCACAGCUCCAUAAUGUUCUUCACUCUCCACGUCCAUCCUCCUCGUACAGAGAGCAGCACCAUUGGCAAAGGUUCACGUGGCCCCACAAAGUUGACCAUGAUAGAUGUGUGUAGUGGUAUGAGGGGUAUGAGCAAGAAUAAACCUCCAUAUUCUGAACUGGGCCCUAUUGUCUUGUCUCUACUUAGUGGACAUAAAACCAUCCCCAACAAGGGCAGUAAGUUGACUAUGCUCCUUCGAGAGGCCUUGGGUCAUGUGAAUUGCCAUACCACAGUGAUCGCUCAGGUGGAUGACUCACUGGUACACCUUCAGGAGACCCUAUCCACCAUCCAGCUGGCUUCUCGCAUGCGCAGGACGCAAAAGAGAACAAAGCAGUCCACUUCAUGUUCACCUUGCGGGAGGAGUCUGACUAAAGAUAAGAGAGGGCCGCCGUCUUCGUCCCUGCGGGCGUUCCACUCCACCGAUGAGGUAGACGUCGACAUCCCUCGUUUCCGUUUGCGUGGUGAUAUGGAUGAGCGAUCCAGUAGCGACCAGUCCUGUGACACAGUUAUCCAAAUAGACUCUGAUGGCUUGGUCCACUCCAAAGCAACCUCAAGACUGGCACAACCUGAAUUUGUGUCCAUCAUACCCUCUUUGCAUCCUAACAAAGCUGACAUGGAUGAUCCAGAGUUUACCGCUCUGCUUCAAGAGCUUCUGAGAAUUCCUCAGCUGCAGGGAGAGAAGAACAAUGAGGAAACUGUUCAAGGGACAAUUGAUGUGUUGAAAGCAGACAUCAAGCAGCCAGGGAGGGACUGUCUUAAAUGUGACACAUUUGCUGAACUUCAAGAGCGCUUGGGCUGUAUCGAUGGAAGUGAGGCAAUAAUGGAUGUGCUCAAGUCUUCCUCAAAAGGCCCCUCUGUGAACAACGUCACAGCCAUAUCACAACCCCAGAAACACACAGGGAAACAAACAGACACCGAAUCCUCAGAGGCACCUCAGGCCCCUAUCGGAGAAAAGCAAACAGAUGGUGCCUUCCCUGGGGACAGUUUUCAGAGAGAGGAUUCAGGCCUGUAUGACUGUGAGGAGUGCAGUGCAACCAGUUCCAGUGAAGAACUGCUAAAUCAAACUCUCAGUCUUAACAUGACCUGUCGCUCUGAGCUGCCCAAAAACGGAACUCUUAAAUCAGAUGAUAAGCUCUCUUCUCAGAACUUUAAUGUGGAUGCUCAUGGCAUGGCUAUCACCAGUUCUGCACUUCUGCCAAAAGGUACACAGGAGAGUCCCGAAGCUGCUGAUUGGUUCAAACCAAACAAAAGGACCUCACCAGUUGGAAAGAGCUCCCCCAUAUCUCCUUCGUCCUCCUGCUCCUCACACUCCUUGGCGUCCAGUGUUAUACUCAGAGAUGUCUUACCUAAUCGCCCCACAGAGGACGUUAAGGAAAUGAAGGCCACUAUCACAGUAACCCUUCAACAGCCACUAGACCUUAAAGGUCAAGAUGAACUUGUCUUCUCUAUGGUGGAGGAGGUGACCAUUAGUGGAGCAUUGGACAGCGGGAGGACAGGAGGAAACAUUAUUUGUAUCAGAGACACUGCCCAAUCACAGGCAUAUGUUCAAGGCUCUGCCAGCUCUCAACCAAUCAGGAUAAUCAGCAAUGUUAGCGAAGAAACUGUAGCCGCAGGUUCCUGUAAUACAAAUGAAAGCUCUGCAUCUCAAACUGUAGCUACAGUCACUAGCACUGACAAGCCCCAGUAUCAAUUCAGAAGGGAAAAGAGGUUCUUACCUUCAUUUAUAAAUCAUAUGCUUAUUGAUACAGAUGUGGAUUGUGAAUUUGAUGGUGUGAAAGAAAAAGAAAGUCCUUGUGACAGUUUUACAGAAGUAAAAUCGCAGUCUGAACUCAGAGGCAAUAGUGUCUCAUGUCCAGAAGAUAGGCAGGCUCUUCAGAAGAGAAGUGGUGCUUUUGCUUAUGAGACACAUGCCAAAAAGUCUGACAAGGUAUAUGACGUAUCGUAUAGCCAUAGUUCUUGUGACCAGAUGGUCUUGGAAGAUUCAGCUUUCUGCAAUGAAACUGCAGAAAACAAAAUGCGUGGCAAGAGACAGAGACAAUCAGACAAGAGCCACCCUAGAGACAGGGAGCAUGUUUAUUCCACCAACACUCCAAAGGGCUCAGAGGGGGGCGAAAUCAGUUCCAGACGUGUUGGGAAUGCCCCCAAGAGAAUUGGUGUUUCACCUGGUUGCCAGGAAACUGCCACUGCUUCCUUUAACACAGGUAGUUUGCCUAGAGGCUGGCACAAUGCCAACCACCAGGACAGCUACCAUUGCGGCCACAUGGCAGACAACCACAGAGACCCAAGGGAGGUGACAUCAUCCACCCCGUGUAGCCCAGGAGUAACUCUGGAGAGGAGGCAUGGCAGACAGCACUCCCCAGCGAACCACAGCCUCCGUGUCUCCUCUUCUCGGAAAUAUGGAGCAGAGUACAAACAGCGUGCUAGUAGUGGUCCCAGAAAGGGAGUUGAAUCUUUGAUUGAGAACUCAAACCUAAGAAUGAAACAUGAUCAUAUGAGCAGGAGGCCGAAGUCACCCAUUGAGGACAGCAGCCGGCUUUUCAGUGCCAAACUGGAACAGCUGGCUACCAGGACUAACUCCCUUGGGAGAACCCCAAGAGACUUCCCAACUUUGGAUAGAGGCAGUAGUAACACCUCCAUGAGCUCUAAGGGGAGCUCCAAGGAAAGUACUGAAGGAGCUUGUAUGGUAGGUUAUAAAGGAAGUAAUGAGGGAGAUUGUACUUUACCAAGGGCUAGCAGGAGUCCCAAGAAGAAUCCUCGGACUGACCGCAGUCAUCACUUCUUUUUUUCUGAAAAGCCUUUAACUCAAUCUGCUAGGCAUAUCCAUUCCAAGCUCUCUGCUGUGGGGAAACUUAAGAUUGCCAGUCCCAAAGUCCGUCGACUGUCUGUCCCCAGCAUCAAGAACCUCAGUCUCCCCCACAGAGGCCUGCAGCAGUCCAUCAACCGCAGCGCCAGUCUUUCUCCAGACUCUAAAACUGUUAGCUUUGAGCGGACAUCCUCCUUUCUCUCCUCUUCCCCUCCGAGGUCUUUUCCCUCCAUCAGUCGCACUCCGAGCCAGAGCUCCACAUGCUCAUCCACAAAAUCUGCAAUCCAGGGGUAUACCAAUGGCCGGAUCUCAGACCUCCUUAAGGAAAGGGCCUCCAGCCCCACUUCAGGAGGACUGGACCAAAUGACCACACUUCUCUCGCCAUACAGCCGGGUGACUGCUCCCCGAGUGCCUGAUCACCUGAGUGGGCAUGCGAGUGACACCACCAGUGUGUUGAGCGGAGAUUUGCCACCAGCUAUGGGGAAGACGUCCCUGAACUUCUCGAACAGGAACAGUCGGGUGAGCAGUGGGUAUGACAGCAUGGUGAGGGACAGUGAAGCCACAGGCAGCACCAUCUCAAACAGAGAUUCUGUCAGCAACAGGAGCAGCUCUCUUCUCAGUGUGGCUCGAAGCAGCCGAUCAUCUCGGAGGAGAGGCAACACAGGUACUCACCAGCGCCGCCUUUCCCAUGAUGCACCCCUGUCCCUGAGACGCUCGGCUAGUGGUCUGCGGCCUGGCUGGGCGGAUCGGGGAAUCCCAGAGGCCUACGAGAUCAAGGUGUAUGAGAUCGACAAUGUGCAGAGGAUGCAGAAAAGAGCAGGGGCCUGCAUGCUUCAGUGCCAAGCUGAAGUUUUUGGAGCACCGUCAGCAGAGGAUCUCAGAGGUCCGAGCCAGAUACAACAACCUGAGGAGAGAGCUAGAGCGAGCCAAGCACAACCUCAUGCUGGAGCCCGACAAGUGGAACCAAGAGUUCGACCUGUGGCAGACCUUCGAGGUGGACUCCCUGGAGCAUCUGGAGGCCCUCACAGUGGUGACGGCCCAGCUGGAGGACAGGCUCAACCUCUGCAAGGCCGGCGUCAUGAUGGUCACCUGUUUUGA